AUGGGUCAGAAGCCCGGUGCACGUGACUUAAAUGCUGUCGUGGACUGGCAACAACAGUCUGGUUACCUGUAUGCUUCUGGGGAGGUGUCAACAGUCACACUGUGGGACCUGGAGAAAGAACAACUUGUCAGAUCUAUUCCCUCUGAGUCAGAGUGCGGAGUUACAGCACUUUCGGCUUCUCAAGUGCACGGAGGUCAACUAGCUGCUGGUUUCGCCGAUGGAUCUUUGAGACUUUAUGAUGUUCGGUCACCUGAACCGCUUGUCUGCGCGACUCGGCCUCAUCAGAAAGUUGAAAAAGUGGUUGGUCUCAGUUUUCAGCCUGGACUUGAUCCUGCAAAGGUGGUGAGUGCAUCACAGGCCGGUGAUAUACAGUUCCUUGACCUUAGAACAACAAGGGACACAUACCUGACGAUUGAUGCACACAGGGGUUCACUCACGGCCUUAGCUGUUCACAGACACGCUCACUUUUCAUGUCUAGCUGGCCGAAGCGUUCGAGACAUGAGCACUAACAUUGUGCUACCUUCAUCACUUUUCAGAGAGCACGAACGAAACAAGUUGAAUAUUAAACGGCGCAAAACAUGA